AGCUUGACAUCUUUAAAGAGAGGGCGUGGUGGAAGAUCAUCCUUCAGUGGUAUUGUUGCCACUGUUUUUGGAUCAACUGGUCAGUUAGGCCGGAUUAUUGUAUCAAAAUUAGGCAGGGUUGGAUCUCAAAUAAUUAUACCAUACAGAGGAGCUACAUGGGAUGUUGAUAAAUUUGCAGUGUGUGGUGACCUUGGACAAGUCCUAUUCAACCCAUUUCAUUUACAAAAUGAAGAAACAUUAUACAAGUCAAUGAAAUAUUCUAAUGUUGUUAUCAAUUUGAUUGGGUCUGAUUUUGAAACCAAAUGUUUUAAAUAUGAUGAUGUACAUGUUCAAGGCGCUAGAGAUAUUGCAAGGAUUGCUAAAGAAUGUGGAGUGGAAAAGUUUAUUCAUUUUUCUGCUCUCAAUUCUUCUGCAAAACCUCAAGAAAUAUUUUUACCUGGAGGUUCUGAUUAUCUAGCAAGUAAAUAUAGAGGUGAAUUGGCUGUUCAAGAAGAAUUUCCUGAAGCUGUUAUUUUUAGACCAGCUGUUAUGACAGGUCCUGAAGACAAAUUUGCAUAUUCUUUUAUAAAUCAGUAUAGAAAAUUUGGUAAUACUCUACCUCUAUGGAAGAAGGGAAAAGAAACUAUCAAGCAGCCUGUAUAUGCUGGUGAUGUAGCUGAAGGAGUUAUACAAGCUAUUUAUGAUCCUGAUGUCAAUGGUAAAACAUUUGAAGCUAUUGGCCCCUAUCGUUACUAUUUAUACGAUAUAGUCAAGUUCUAUCUAGAUGUGGUUCAACAUAGACAUAUCACUAUUACUGAUAUGCACAUCCUUUAUAAGCUGAAAGUCCAGUUAUUGCAUGAAAAUAACUUGUACGGUAAAAAAAUUACCACAGAUAUGUUAGAAGUUCAACAUCUGACAGAUACUACAACUGGUUGUCCCACGUUAGAAGAUCUUGGAGUUCAACUGACUAAUAUAGAAGAUAGAGCUUUAUUUGAUUUAGAUCCUUACAGAUUAUUUGGUCACUUCAAAGAUGUAGGAGAAUACGUUGAACCACCACGACCU